AUGGCACUAAAUCUAAAAGGAGUUGAAUAUGAGUAUGUGGAAGAAGAUAUCUCAAACAAAAGUGCAAUGCUUCUGCAAUACAAUCCUGUAUACAAAAAGGUCCCAAUUCUUUUACACGAUGGUAAGCCAAUUGUUGAGUCACUUAUGAUCGUUGAAUAUAUUGAUGAGAUAUGGGAGACCCAUCCUCUGCUUCCUAAAGAUCCUUUUGAAAGAGCCAAAUCAAGAUUUUGGGCAAAGUAUGUUGAUGAUCAGUGUCUUGGAAUGAUUAAGCAGUUGUUACGAAGUACACAAGAAACGAAAGAAAAUGAUUCAAAAGAAGCUCGUCAGAUUCUCAAAACUCUUGAGAGUAGUUUGGACCCAAACAAACCAUUCUCUGGAGUUAAAAGUUUAGGUUUUAUAGACAUUGCAUUUGCUUGGCUCGGAAUUUGGGCUCAAGUUCUUGAGAAACUUCAUAACAUUAAGCUUUUGGAUGAGGAGAACACACCGUUAUUGAACAAGCACUUUAGAGAUAUACUUGAUGUUCCUGUUAUCAAAGACUGCAUCCCCCCUCUUGAACAACUGUUUGCGCACACCAAGUUCCUUAUUGAAAGGAACGUGGCUGCUGCUAGAAGUUAA